AUGGCCUCGUCUCUUACUCUCAGGUUACUGGGACAUAUUCGCAGUGCAGCUCAUAUGGCUGCCAGAAGGUUGUUUAUAAACAUGUCUGGUAUAACUGUUGCUGCUGGAAAUGCACUGGAGGAAGCCAGGAAAGAAACAGAGAAGAAAGAUUUGACAAUUGCUGUUGAUGAAAAGAUAGAUAUCACCCCACUCAGCGGGGUGCCUGAGGAACAUAUCAAGACCCGCAUAGUGAGGAUAUUUGUCCCAGCCCGUAAUGCAAUGCAGUCAGGAACCUACAACACUCGGAGAUGGCGUAUGGAAUUUGAUCAGAGGGAGAGAUGGGAGAAUCCACUCAUUGGCUGGAUUUCCACGGGUGACCCAUUGUCUAACUCUGAAGUGGACUUUAAGAGCAAGGAAGAUGCUAUUGCAUUUUGUGAAAAAAACGGCUGGGAAUGGAUUGUUGAGGAACCUAAAAGAGCUGAAAAGUUGAUCAGGAAGUCGUACGGUGAAAACUUUUCCUGGAGUGCCAGAACAAGGGUCUCCACUAAGUAG